GUAGCGAAGGGAAUACGAAGUGCUUGUACAACACUCGUGCUUACGGGGGACUUUACGUGAAAUUUUUGCAAAGCCAAUUAUCAAUCUUGCAAGACUGAGUCAAGAUGCUAUCCACUUUUCCGUCUCUGUGAUUCGUCGAUAUGUGCAUCGGAGCGCAAAUGUGAUUCUUAAAAGCAUAACGUUAAGCCCUCAGCCUCUAGGCUUUUACGGCUGAAAAGUCAAUUGUUCAUUCUUUCAGGUUAGAUUGACUUCAAGGGUUUUUGGCUCACAGGGUCUUCAAGUGACGUUAUUGGCGAUAUGGGACUGAUUUUUUCGGCCGGAUAUGGCCAUGAGUGCUAUCCUGGAGCCGGAGUUAGGCAGAUAACGUUAUGUUGUCAUGGCUGAAAGGUGAGGUGUGUUAUGUUGGAUCGAGGUAGUUUGUGGUAUAUAGGGAUGGCUCUUUUCCUUAAUUGGUGAUCUUUCUCUUCGCAUCAUUCAAUCGUAUAGACAAGAUCUGGAACGGGUCGUUGGGCAUUCGAUUGCAAUAACAUCGAGAUCUGAUAUAGGAGUUCACCUGGAUUAUAUUUGAAUACCAAGUUCCGUAUGGCAUCUUCAUUAGACCAUCCGGUCACUCGAGCCUCGUCUCGAUCAAGCCAGACUUAUCACGACAGUACCCAGCCUGCCCCUACAGCCGCGAAGGACACAGAAAUCGCAUAUAGUGAGACAAACAAUGGUACACCCUCAUCCAUCUAUGACGAAAAUCCCCCGGACGACAAAGAUGAACCGUCAACAGGAAAACAAGAACAGCAACAAGAAGAUGAAACAGAGUACCCCAACGCAGCCAAACUCGUCUUCAUCGUCAUCUCCCUGGUCUUAUCCAUGUUCCUGAUCGCCCUGGACAUGACCAUCGUCGCCACAGCCAUUCCACAAAUCACAGAUGAAUUCAACUCUCUCGACCAAGUAGCCUGGUACGGAUCUGCUUUUUUCCUAACCCUGGCAGCAUUCCAAUCCACAAGCGGCAAAGCCUACAAAUAUUUCCCGUUAAAGACGUCCUUCUUGAUAUUCAUCUUCGUCUUUGAGAUUGGUUCCUUGCUUUGUGCCGUGGCUCCGAAUAGUACGGCAUUUAUUAUUGGGCGUGCUAUUGCUGGUAUUGGUGGUGCUGGAAUCUCGAGCGGUGUUUAUAUUAUUAUUGCGUUCUCUGCGCCGCCGAGUAGAAGGCCUGCGCUUACGGGUGUGUUGGGAGCUACGUUUUCGGUUGCUAGUGUUGUUGGUCCUUUGCUUGGUGGUGUGUUUACCAGUGAUGUAUCCUGGAGGUGGUGUUUUUAUAUUAAUCUUCCCAUCGGAGGUGUCAGCGCUGCUAUUAUCCUGUUCUUUUUCAAGACUCCGCCUACAGCUAAACCCGUCGAUGCCCCCCUCAAGGAAAAGCUUCUACAGAUGGAUCCUCUUGGAACUACUCUAAUCCUCGGCGCUACGAUCUGCUAUCUCCUCGCUAUGCAAUGGGCCGGUGUGACCAAGGCCUGGAGUGACUCUGAAGUUGUAGGUCUGUUAGUCGGAUUCGGGCUCAUGGUAAUCGCAUUCAUUCUCGCGCAGCGAUAUUCCGGAGAGCGUGCUUUGGUCCCAAAACGACUUAUCAAGGAUCGUACCAUCGCAAUCGGAUGUGCAUACGUCCUCUUCGUUAUCGGACCUAUGUUUAUCAUGAUCUACUACCUCCCAAUCUAUUUCCAAUCUAUCAAGGACGUCUCAGCUUCACAAUCCGGUGUUCGCAACGUCCCCUUUAUCCUGGCAAGCAGUAUAGGUGCAAUCAUGUCGGGCGUCUUGAUUACCGCAUUUGGCCAAUACGGCUAUCUCAUGAUUCUCGCCGUUGUCAUUGAGACUAUCGGCGCAGGUCUCAUAUACACUUUCAAUAUUGAUACCGGUCAUAGCAAGUGGAUCGGUUACCAGGCUCUGUGUGGCUUUGGCGCUGGACUCGGCAGUCAAAUCGCCAUUAUCGUCAAUCAAGCCAUCGUCGACUCCUCGGAUGUCGCGAACGUUACUGCCGUUACGUUGUUCUUUCAGACUAUUGGUGGUGCCUUAUGGAUCUCUGGCGCACAGGCGGGUUUCACCAAUACAUUGAUGAAGAAAUUACCCGUCUAUGCCCCCGAUGUGAACCCAGCACUUGUCGUUGCCACGGGAGCUACUGAUCUGCGUGGAGUGUUCACCGCGGCUCAAUUACCGGGUAUUUUGCAUGCUUAUAUGGACGGUCUCAAGGUUGCGUUUAUUUUUGCGAUUGCGCUUGGGGGAGUCUGUUGCAUUAUCUCAGUUUUUCCGAAGUGGAAGAGUCUUAAGGGCAAGGUACAACCGGGCAUGGGCGCUGCUUGA